AUUUAACUCAAGGUCGUCUGGGUCGAAAUAUCAGGUACAUAUCAACAAGGUCCGUAGGAUGGAGAUAAAGUGUUUUACCCACAAUCCAAUAUUUAGCUGCAGUUAGAACCUGCCUCCUGCAUUGUGCGUCUAUAAUUACGUACUGCUUGUUGGUCGGCUGAGCAGUACAUAAAAGGUCAUUUGAGCCUUUGAACUGAAAUAGAAUGGCUCGUAUUGAACUCAUACGUAGAUUGCGACUAUUCACAGUUUUACGUCGAAUGUCAGAUUGUGAGAAUCGAUUCGGCACAACCAAACUAAUAAUGCCAGUUGUUUCACGUCCUGCCUCAUUUUUUUCUUUUAUCAAAUCAAAGCUUGAUGAAGCUGUCUCUAGUCAGUCUAAAGACUCUCAGAGUGUACCAAAUGACAGUGAAUGGAUUGAUGCAGUCCAAAACGUUGAAAAAUCGGAAUUGUUACAUUUGAAAGGAUCUGAUACUAAUAUGACUAGAACAGAAAUUAGAAAAUGGAAGAAACGUACAUUUCUUCAUAUUUUAGAAAUGUUUAUUCAACGAUCAGGACCAAGUCGUAAAGGAUUCACUUCAUUUAUUCAAAAUGCAUUAAUUAAAAUGCCUGAAUAUGAAGUGACUGAUGAUUUAGAUUGUUAUAAAGCAGUAAUUCGUUUAUUUCCUACUGGACGAAUGAUUGUAAAACGUUUCUUUCAAGCUGAUUUUGGUCAUUUUCCAAAACAACAACAAGUUAUGAUUGAUAUAUUAAACCAAAUGUCAAGAUAUCACGUCCUGCCGGAUGAUGAGGUUGGUCAAAUGAUUAUCGACGUUUUCGGUUGGCGUAAUCAUGCUAUGCAAACUUAUCGUCGUCUUAUGUAUUGGAUGCCUAAAUUGUAUUAUAGUAAUCCAUGGACAAUACCACUCCGAAUCGCUGACGAUCUCGAUUUAGAUCCCAUUAAAUUAGGCUGUUUAAUUGCUGAAAGAAUAUGCCCUGAUCGAAUGACAGAGUUCACUGUUGUACAGAUGCCUUCAUCUAAUUCUUAUCUACCAGAUUCACUUAUCAGUGCUCAAAGUCCUGAACAACGUGCAUUACUAGCAUAUUGUACUAAUAAACAAAUUCACAAUAAUCAGACUAAUAAUAUUCAAUGUACAAAACCAACGAUUUAUUUAGAUGGACCACAUUAUGUGUGGUUUAAGAAUUUACAAGCUGCUUAUUACACCUUAUGGACAGAAAUCGAUGCUGAUCGAUUAAAAAAAGAAAUUAAUGCUGUGAAAGUUAACCAAGCGCCAAAGUAUAGUGCAGACGAACCGUACAACCUUUCAUUCUUCAACUAUUCCAAUGAUACUUCAAAUAUAGUGUUGAAUAAUUUCAAUUCUCAAAAUGAGAAUCGCUCACUUUUUCCACAUAUGAGUCUUCUUCCUACAGUGAGUUCAACUGGUACUGAAUUGCACCAUUGUAAUGAAGACAAUGUUUCUACAAGAUUUAUAAGUAAAUGUGAACCAGAAUUCGAUAAACGUUGGCUUUCAAUUCGUCAAAGUCAUGUCUACAAAUUUUUACCAUCCAAUCUAUGUCAACAUGAACAAGGUGAGGGUACAAUACUUGCUGUUGGAGUUGUUGUACCUAAACCAGAUGCUUUGGAUAAUCAAAAAAAAUUAUAUGAUUGGGAAGUUUCUAACAAAAUUCAUCAUACAGAUUCAAAAGAUUGUAAACAACAAAGUCAAAAAGAAAGAUACAAUUUACCACAAAUCCCAUCACCUGCACCUUCUACACUUAUUAGACUUUGGUUAAGUGAACUACAAUCUAAAAAUCCUUUCCUUGAUGAUGCCGCAUUAAUUAUUCGAGUCCCGGUAAAUAUUGAUCAGAGCCAAAAAUCUGAAAAUAAUAAUCGUACUGAUGAUGACUUACAUUUUGAGAAUCAAGAUAAAGAUAUUAGGUAUAAUUCGUAUAGUUAACAGGCACAUUAUAUUGUGUAAAUAAAUGGUUUGCAUUUUGAGUAAACAUUAAUUGUAAUGUAAUGUGCAUAUGAACCCCUAUAUUGAUUACUAGUCUUAUCAACUCAUGUAUGAAUUAUUCUCCGUAUACUGGUGGAAUCAUUUUAAAAGCAUAUGUUUUUCCCUCAUGUAUUCUAUACAUAAUGCUUAUCCCUGCAUGUUAGGGUAACAAUGAUCAAUUACAAGUGAGGACUGUGAUUUUAUGAUUGUUUGAUAUUUUGAUGAAUGCAUCUCAGUUUAAUUUAUUCAAAGCUUAGCAAUAAAAUCAAUUGAUACUUUGUAA